AUGGGCCGUCUUUCCAGAACGUACACAUGCCCUGGACCCCGACAGGGACCCGAAGACCCCGACAGGGACCUGAGGAGCCCGACAGGGACCCGAGGAGCCCGACAGGGACCCGAAGACCCCGACAGGGACCCGAGGAACCCGACAGGGACCAAAAGACCCCGACAGGGACCCAAAGACCCCGACAGGGACCCGAAGACCCCGACAGGGACCCGAGGAACCCGACAGGGACCAAAAGACCCCGACAGGGACCCAAAGACCCCGACAGGGACCCGAAGACCCCGACAGGGACCCGAGGAACCCGACAGGGACCAAAAGACCCCGACAGGGACUCGAAGACCCCGACAGGGACCCGAGGACCCCGACAGGGACGUUAAAGAUCACAAAUACACCCAGAGACCAGGUUUAGUCCUGCUUUAG